CGUAACUCCGCCCACUCGGAUGCUGACGUGAAAAAUGAGUGCAGCUGGAUAACGGCAUCAAAACAGAGAGGAGAAAGUUCACAGAGCGGUUGAGACGCUUAUAGACCGCGAACAUUUGGGUUUGUUUAGGGAUUUUGAAUAUAAAUAUAUUAGCUAGUAUUCAGUAUGGACAUGCUGAAAUCAGCCAGAAGGGUUAUCCGGAGUCCGAGUGUCUCCAAGCAACCGUGGCACACCGCUAAACACCAAAAGCUUCCAGAGAACUGGACAGACACAAGGGAGACCCUUGUGGAUGGCAUGACCUUUAACCUCAGGUACAUGGGAAUGACUCUUGUUGACCAGCCCAAAGGUGAAGAUGUGUCAGCCGCUGCCAUCAAAAGGAUCACUGCAACGGCUAAAGCUGGUGGCAAAAAGCUCCUGAAGGUGGCGCUUACAGUCUCUCCUCAGAAAAUGCUCAUUUACGACCGUGUAUCCAAUCAGCUAAUAGAGCACAUCUCUAUAUACAGAAUAUCGUAUUGCACAGCCGACAAAAUGCACGACAAAGUGUUUGCUUACAUCGCUCAGAACCAGCAAAACGAGACGCUGGAGUGCCACGCGUUCCUCUGUGCCAAGAAGAAAGUGGCUCAGGCUGUGACACUCACCGUAGCUCAAGCCUUCAACGUGGCCUUCGAGUCCUGGCAGCUUGACAGAGAAGAGAAAGAGCAAAAGUCUGGCUUGGUUUUAGAGACAAGUAAUAACACACAACCUGAUAUAUCUGUCUCUCUGCUCAGCAUGAAUGGAACUGAUGCAGUUAAAGAGAACCUGUUGGACUUUGAGGAUUGCCCCAAGGUUCACAUGGAAAACACUGAGAACCUGGAGAACCAUGUGGAGAAGCACACGAAGACUGAAAACAACAUCAACUGGGAGGUAAAUGAUGGUCUGGAUGAAGCCUUCUCAAGCUGCAGUUUGGAUAGCUUUGAGUACGCUGCAGACUUGCCGAGUCCCGUGCUAACCCCCAGAUCCUGGACACUGGGCUAAAUGAGCCACACAGCACUGACAACCUUUUUUGCCUUUAAGAGCAGAUUGUAGAGGUUUGGAGUUGGUGCUGUUUUCCUCCAGGUACUGCAAAAAGACUGAAGAUUACAGUGAACAGAGCGAACCACUGCCGUCGUCCAGGCCGACACAAUCUCCUUCACACCAAAGCAAUAUAGUCCAGUUUUCAGUACUGAAACUACCGCAUAUUUUUAAAUUCAGAUUUCCUCUGGUAAAGCUUUCAGAAUCAGUAUUAAGGUAUUUCCUUGUUAACCAAAAGCAGUAUUUGUUUAUAUGAAGCUUAGAAAUAGACUGAGUUGCCAGUUUAUUAGGUAUACCCACUUUGUAUCUACCUUUAUUGGCUAUGUUAUUAAAUGCCAUAGACUGGAGUGACCCAGACAAUUGCUGUCCUGCCAAAGCAAUAUAGUUAUAUUUUCAGUACUUAGCUAUAUCCAACACUGCCUUUUUUAUUUAGUUUCCUCUGGUGUGUAUUUAAUUUAAAACCUUCCAAAUAACAUCAGGUCAGCAGUGGUAUUAUGGUGGAUCCUUCCCAUAGAUGUGGUAAAAGGUGUCUGAAGUGACCUCUGAGGUAGGUGGACCUCAUUAAAUGGCAACUCAAUGUACUGUACAUUGUAGUUAUUUUUGUUAUUACUCAUACAAUGAACUGAAGUGAACAUUUUUAAUUAAGCUCUUGACUCUUUAUAAAUAAAAAUGAUCUGCUUAGGUAGCUGCAGAUGCAGUGUACGUGCUGUUAGGCAAGUAUGGCAAGGCAAAGUUUUUAACUGAAUCUGUGUCUACUAUAUCUGUAGUACAUGUGCAGAUACAGACCUGAAAACCUGUUUACUCUACACUCGCAUAUAAUGCAAGUCUAUAGGCAGCUGCUGAAGCAGACAAUAAACAAUCCUGACAAAAAACAUGACCAUUCUCGAAUCUAAUUGGUCAGAAAUUUUCUAUAACAGCAGUUCCAGUAGUAGUUCCAGCUGCGAGGCAAAUCACAGGUUUAUAUUAAUGUGCUCAUUCUAAAAUGUUAUCAUUUCUAUAGUAACAGAUCAUUCACAGGGACGUGUAUGGCAGACGCUCCACAUAAUGAAUAAAUGUUAUAAUGAUCUUUCUGUAAGAAUCUAUGGAAGGAGUCUCCAGUGUCAAUGUACUGAAUAAAGCAGUUCCUUUAAGUUUUCCACCACGUCUAAGGACGGAGGAUAUCAAGCUUUGUGGUUUCCCGGUAGCACUUUUUCUCAAGAGAAAGUGUAGAAAAUAAUCAACUUUGCUUUGCAUUGAGCGUUUUUUUCCUUACAUAACUUGUCCUUUAAUGAUGGGACUAGGUUUUCAGAGGGAAGAAUGUGUGGUUAUGUGUUAGCAGUGGAGAUACAUUUCCACAAAACCAAAAACCUGCUCCACUAUUGUAAAGUCAGGCAAAAACUAUAGAAGAUCAGAUUUGGUAAGACUUUCUCUAUGUCUCUGUCUUCCUAAGACCUACUGUUGGACUGCAACUGUUGAAGUUUUAAAUUUGUGUUUUAUAAUUGCAUAUUUUAAACUGCCCUUAGACUUCCAUUAUUAAUGAUUUUCAAUUCAUUGGGUUUUCUUUUUUUAUUCUUAGUACAGGGGAAUGUGUGGACAUUUGGUUAAAAAUCACUGGUGCAUCUCGUUAGCUCAGUUCAGAAAUGUUCUAUCUAUCUGAUAUACACUGCAGAUCUUAUAUUUUAACAUGUCAGUGAAUUUAAUGGCACCUUCAGAGUAAUAUUUAUAUAUAAAACUGAAUAAAUAGAGGAAUUAUGCACACGGUGAUGACCUGGGAUGCUGUUUUUAGACCAGGAGAGGGCAGCACCUCUGCACUUUUUACAUUUUCAUGUCAUCUGUCUCACACAGGCACGCACACACUCAGAACUCUGUUCUGCCUUUUACCCCUGCUACGAGUACAUGCGUAUGUUCAUGCAUGUGGAUGUGUGUGUGUAUUACCAUGGUAUCCAAAGGUAACACUAUAUGACCCAUGGACCUGUGUGUUACUCUAUUUGUUUUACAUGUGUAUUGUGUAUCUGCCUCUCUGUGUGGUCUUUUUGGGAAUGAAGGGAUCUCUGCACGUCCUCCUGAGUAGCAGCCUUCCUCUGUGCAGCAGAAGCAUUAAAUAAUGCAGGCGGUCUAAGCUGUCGAAGUGAAGCUCAAAGCUCAAAAUUCCACAAACUGAGUGUGUGUGUGUGUGUCUAAGUGCAGGUGUGUGUGUGGGUUGAACCGAGUGACGCACGGUCCUCUAGAGGACUCGCACAGUCAAACAUCUGAAAACGUGUGGGAGGCAGAGAAGCUUGGCACGUUUAUCGUCUCCCUGCCAUGCACAAACACACACACACGCACACACACUCUUACAGAAUUGCUGUGCCUCCAGCAUUCUCAUCAUAGCUGUCAAUAGAAACUUUCAUUCACUCACUGUUUGUAAAAAAAAGUCACCUCACACUUCUCAUUUCCUCUCAUAAAUGCAAAAAAUGUUAUUGCUUUAAUCAUUGUGCCUCAUAUAAAGUAUUGGUAGAACAGACAAGUCUCAGGCAAUGAGUGUAUAAAGCAGAGAAAAUAAUCACAGCUGGCAAGAAAACUGUGUGUGUAGACUUAACAUGGUGUGCGUUUAUAAUAUGCUUUUAGUCAGAAUUAAGGCAUAUGUGCAUGCAUGAGUAGGGGUGAAAGUACCUCUGGUUAAAGUCAAAUUCUUCACUCAAGUUAAAGCAGAAAAGUGUAAACUUAAAUAUACUUAAAGUAUGAAAAACCUCAAGUACAAACACUUAAAAACAGACAAAAGUACAGUAGCAAAGUCAUUGUACUUAUUAUUAUCUUUAAGGCCAGAGACAUGGACCUUCUUUUAGUAAACAGUUCAUGAACAACAGAACAGCUUGAACACUGUUCUGACUGUUUCUUAGAGAGGAAAUGGAGAUUUGUCAACUGAUUUGACAAACUGAUUGUAUCCAUUUUGUUGCAAAAAUCAUGACAUUUACACCACAGUGCUGUUGAAUUCUUGAAUGUGGUUGCUCAGAAGGAUUUCUGUAACAUCAGCUCUGACAGUAGUGCUGGCUGUAAUUCAAAUCACAGGUGCUAAUAUAGAAACUACUAUUUUCCAACCAACUAUGAGCUGAAUAAUGGUACAUCUUUCAUGCAGUCAUAUCACUCACACUGCAGAACAUUACAUUUUAAAAAUUCAGCAGUGGAAAAACUACAAUAAUGACAAACCAUUUGUAAAAGUAGGCUACCAAAUAAACCUUUUUGUUUUACACUACUUUGUGUAACUGUAUCUCUACUGCACUGUCAGUGAAGUUCAUCUCCUUAGACCUUUUGACAUGCUCCAAGUCAUCCGCAACAAGCAGUGCCAUGAGUUACUGGGCUUUUUAAAGGAAAGUUGUUUACUAUAAAUGGUAGUAUAAAUUUGGGGCUGCCUCAUUAUGCAAAUGAGAGUGGCUGUGUCUGUGUUGGCCAGCAGAGUUCAGUUAGAUAGUUGU